ACCAAACCCGAAGAAAUCAGUACGAGCUUCGCAAUGGCCGGACGAACUACCGGUCUCGAGACCAUACGUAUUCUCGAGAAUCUUCUCAAGAUACUCAAGGAAGAACAUGUUUUUGACACCUCGGGUGAACAACCGGUCGUUCGUUUCGUAUAUCCCAAGGAAUUGCAGAACAAACUGAAUGUAACGCUGAGUGAAGCAGCGUCUUCCCCGGAUGAAAUAGAAGCAGCAAUUCGUUACAUCGCUCGGUACUCGGUAAAAACAUCGAACCCAAAUUUCCACAAUCAACUCUACGGGGGAGUAGACGCUUAUGGAUUGGCCGGAGCAUGGCUGACUGAAGCAUUCAACACGAGCCAAUACACCUUCGAAGUUGCACCGGUAUUUACUCUUUUGGAACGCGAAAUAUUGGAUCAGAGCCUCGCACUCGUUGGGUAUCCGAGAUUGCCUGAAAGCGAUGGAAUUUUAUGCCCCGGUGGGAGCAUCUCCAACAUGUAUGGUAUGAUUCUCGCCAGACACAAAAUUAUGCCCGAUAUCAAAACGAAGGGUCUUGCUGGACAAAAACGCUUAGCAUGUUUCUCCAGUGAAUGCGGCCAUUAUUCGAUACUAAAAGGAGCACAUUGGCUUGGCUUGGGAACUGAAAGUGUCUUUAACGUGAAAUCGGAUUCUUUGGGCAGAAUGGAUCCAGGGGACUUGAGAAGAGCCAUAAAAGAGUCUCGCUCCAAAGAUUUCAUUCCAUUCUUCGUGAAUGCUACUUCCGGUACAACAGUGCUCGCGUCAUUCGAUCCUAUCGAUAAAAUAGCUGCAGUGUGCCGAGAAGAAAAUUUGUGGCUUCACAUAGACGCUUGUCUCGGUGGAACUUUACUCCUGUCCGAAAAAUAUCGAGAUCGUCUCAAAGGAAUCGAGCUCUCGAACUCGGUCGCUUGGAAUCCACACAAAAUGCUCGGGAGUCCCUUCCAGUGCUCGAUAUUCCUUGUCAAAGCGAAAAAUCUCAUGCACGAGGCUAAUUGUGCAAAUGCCAAAUAUCUUUUCCAACAAGACAAAUUUUACGAUGUUUCAUGGGACACGGGAGACAAAAGUGUUCAAUGUGGAAGAAAAGUGGAUUCGGCAAAGCUCUGGCUAAUGUGGAAAGCCCGAGGAACGAGGGGUCUUGGGAAUUCGGUGGACGUCGCGAUGGAUUGCGCCGAAUACUUUUACCAAAGAAUAAAAAGUCGUGAGGGUUAUCGUUUAGUAUUGCCCGAGUUCGAGGGCAGCAAUAUUUGUUUCUGGUACGUCACACCGAGUUUACGUGGCCAGGAAACGAAUGAGGAGUGGUGGGAAAAAUUGUACUCGAUAACUUCGAAAAUAAAGGAACGCCUGGUACUGGAAGGUUCUCUGAUGAUUGGUUACACGCCGAUGUCGCAAAAGAACUUCGGCAACUUUUUGAGAAUGGUCGUCACUUGCCAGCCACCACCGAGUCACGAGAGUAUGGACUUUGUUAUCGAGCAGAUCGAAAAAAUUGCAGCAGAUCUUUGAAGUGCAGGCUGAAAACUACUGUUGUAUUAAUUUUCAUAUUCCACGUAUUACCGUUAUCAACUUUGUCUCUUCGGCAUGUGAGAUGCCCUGAAUGACGUUUUAUUUUUUUUACACUGAUAUACAUAUUUGUUCCCAAAAUUCAAGAUUUCGUUUUAAUAAAAAAGUAUGAAAUUGA